AGACGAGGGCCCCUUCCGAGGAACAGAAAGCGAACAGUCUCCGCCGUAGUAUCCGGUUCACUGCCUGCUGCCUCCGACCUGCGACUCUCCGUCGUCUGGGCGUACGCCGCUCCGGGAGGUGGCGCGAAAAUGACGCAGGUGGCGGCGGUAUCGGCCGACAUCGUCCUCCACAACGCGUUUGUCGUCACCAUGGACGGCGCCCUCACGGUCAUCCGGGACGGCGCCAUCGCCGUCGUGGGCGACCGCAUCGCCGCCGUGGGCCCUUCGGCGGACGUCCUUGGCGCCUUCCCCGGCGCCGCGCAGACCCUCAACCUCGCGGGUCGUAUCCUCCUUCCCGGGUUUGUGAACACCCACGUGCACACGUCGCAGCAGCUGGCGCGGGGGAUCGCCGACGACGUCGACCUGAUGACGUGGCUGCACGGGAGGAUCUGGCCCUAUGAGUCUCACAUGACGGAGGAGGACUCCUACGCCUCCACACUCCUCUGCGGCAUCGAGCUCAUCCGAUCUGGGGUGAGCCAAUUGUCCACCGGCAUCAGUUCCACAGUAUAGCUAAUCUGUUGGUACUAGU